AUGACAUCCGAUCGUAGUUGGGUUGGUCGUAGUCGAUACAAUGAGUUCAAAUAUAUAACGGAAGAAUACAAGAAUGGUGUGGAUAGUUUUCUUAAAUUUGCUUGUGAUAAUCUUAAAGAUGAAGAUGAAGGCCUUAUGAGAUGUCCAUGUCAAAAGUGUAAAAAUAGGUAUUUCAAAGAUCCUAGUGGUGUGAAAGUUGAUUUGUAUCUUCAUGGGAUUAUGCAAUGGUAUACCAAAUGGGAGUUACAUGGGGAGAAGGAUAUGCCCCGAGUUGAAGUUGGAAUGAGUUCCGGUUGUAAUGAUGAUGCUGACAUGUAUGAUGCUCAUAACAUGCUAAGAGAUUUUGCAGAUGCAAAUAGAUAUUUUGAGAAUUUUGAGGAGGAACCAAAUGCCGAUGCCAAAGAAUUUUACAAUAUGGUGAAUGAUGCCUCUGAACCAAUCUAUCCAAAUAACAAGGAUUACACAAGAUUGUCAUUUGUAAACAAGCUACUACAUUUCAAGAACAAGCAUCAUUGUAGUAAUAAUGGCUUCGAUGAGUUACUUUGCCUUAUUGGAUCGGUGUUACCUGAUGGUCACAAACUUCCCGGGAGCUAUUAUGAGGUGCGAAAGAUGAUAUCGGGUUUGCAUAUGGGAUAUGAAAAAAUUGAUGCUUGUGAAAAUGAUUGCAUGUUAUUUUACAAGGAAGACAUCAACAAGACACAUUGUGAUAUAUGUUAUACAAGCCGAUACAAGGAGCAAAAGGAUCCAAAGAAGAAGAAGAUCGCACGAAAGAUCUUGCGCUACUUUCCUCUUACCCAAAGGUUGCAACGCUUGUUUAUGGCUGAAAAGACAGCUGAGUGUAUGAGGUGGCACCACAACAGAGUUGUAGUUGAAGGCCAGUUAUCUCACCCCGCUGAUGGUGAUGAGUGGAAGCAUUUUGAUAGUAGAUUCCCGCACUUUUCAAAGGAGAUUCGAAAUGUUAGACUUGGCCUUUCCACUGAUGGAUUUGACCCAUUUCGUGAUGCACAUGCAAGGGAAUACACAGUGUGGCCUGUGGUGGUUGUGGUGUACAACCUUCCUCCAUCUAUGUGCACGAAGGCUCCGUACAUGUUCAUGCCUCUUCUCAUUCCUGGACCGAGUGAUCCUACAAAAGACCUUCAUGUUUAUCUUCGACCACUAAUUGAUGAAUUGAAACUAUUGUGGCACACCGGGGUGGAAACAUAUGAUAGAUUCUCACGUACCAAUUUCAUGAUGAAGGCAACACUAAUGUGGACAAUCAGUGACUUUCCCGCACUUGCCAUGCUUAGUGGAUGGUCAACUAAAGGCAAGUUGUCUUGUCCAGUUUGUAUGGGAGAAGUUAAAGCCACUCAACUAAAACAUGGUGGUAAACCUAGCUUUUAUGGCACUGCUCGAUAUUUCUUGGACCAAGAUGAUCCACUUAGAAGGAGUACAAAGUUCGGUAGAACUAAGGCACUAUCAGUCACAUAUCGACAUUCUGGAAUAAUAGCAAAGACAAUGUGCGAGCAGAUACAGUUUCCCCCUCCGGGAAAGACAACCUGGAGAAAACCCAGGGAUUAUGGUGUGACACAUAAUUGGACUCACUUUUCACCAUUUUUUGAGCUCCCGUAUUGGGAGACACUUAGACUUCGUCAUUGCAUUGAUGUCAUGCAUACUGAGAAAAAUGUUUUUGACAACAUAUUUUGCACAUUGAUUAAUGACAAAAAGAAGUCGAAAGACAACUUGAAGGCAAGACGUGAUUGCAUGGAAUUGGGUAUACAUCGUGAGUUGUGGAUAAAAGAGGAUGGCACAAUACCAAGCGCGCCAUACGUGCUUUCUAGGGAUCAGCUCCAUUUGUUGUUCAGGUGGAUUUCUAAACUUCAACCUCCUGACGGGUACGUCUCAAAUAUAGCCAGGUGUGUGAAUUUUGAAAAGAACUCUAUUCAUGGUAUGAAAUCACAUGAUUGUCAUAUUUUUAUGCAAAAGCUGUUGCCUAUCGUUUGUCGUGACUUGCUACCGAGACAUGUAGCCGACGUUCUUAUUGAGUUGUCCAAUUUCUUUCAAGAUUUGUGCUCAGCUAAUUUGAAAUACAGCGACUUAGAAAAAAUGGAGAAAGACAUAGUGAGAAUAAUGUCCAAGCUUGAAGUGAUCUAUACUCCUAGUCUUUUCGAUCCAAUGGAGCAUUUGCCGCUACAUUUAGCUACCGAGGCCAAGUUGGGUGGCCCAUGUAAUGGGAGAUGGAUGUAUUUUGUUGAAAGAUACUUGCACAACUUGAAAUUGAAAGUAAAAAACAAAGCUCGAGUAGAGGGUUCGAUUGCAGAACGAUAUAUUGAGGAAGAGUGUGUCCACUUUUGUUCGUUAUAUUUCGACUCUAAAGUGGCAACAGUGCAUAAUCAACUUCGGCGAAAUGAGGCACCCCGACAAUCUCAUGAUCCCAAUUUGUUAGAAGUUUACACCUAUCCGACACUACUUGGUUUACGUAUUAGAGAUAGAUACUUGAGUGAUGAUGAACAUAAACUUAUAAAAUAUUAUGUUCUUAUCAAUUCACCCGAGGUUGGAAAAUAUUUGCGUGGAUUCCAACGGUUGGUAAAGAAGCAUUACCCGCAUUACAAUGAUGCUCAAAUGGAUGAAAUUCAAAAGGAACAAUUUACGGAUUGGUUUGAAAGAAGGGUACAACAUGAUGAAGAGCUAAAGGAGAAAUUUAUGGAAUUAAUAAGAGGUCCUAUAUUUAAAGUUGAAUCCUAUAAAACAUGCAAGUGCAAUGGUUACAAAUUUGCUUGUGUAAAUCCUCAUGACCUCACUUCAUCUAACUCCGGCAUCGUUGUGAUUGGAACUUCUUACAAAGAAAGUUAUGAAAAUAAUUAUGGACGAUUGGAAGAAGUUCUAAAGCUUAAUUAUCAUAAUGGUCAUGAAGUUGUAGUAUUCAAAUGUCAUUGGUUUGAUCACACAAGGCACGUCAAAGUUGAUAGAAAUCGGAUUACUACGGUGGAUAUCAAAUCAAAGUUAAAUGUUGAAGAUGUGUUUGUGUUGGCUAGUCAAGCUCAUCAAGUAUAUUAUGCGCCAAGUAUAUCAAAUCCGAAGUCAUCGUGGUACACAAUUCUAACAACAAAGAGUCGAGAAGUAAAUGAAAGCGUGACAUCUAAAGAAACAAAUAGAGCAAAUGAAGAUGCUUUCCAAAAUGAGGUAUCAAAUUCGUCAUCAUCAAAUGUGGAAAGAGUGAUUAUUCGUGAUCCCACGAAUUUUUUUAUUGAUUUGACAAUGUUUGAAAGCAAUCAUUUGGAUGACUAUGAAGAAGAACAAAUUACAAGUGACAAUGAAGAUCGAAAUGAAGAUAUGAAUGAUGAUGACCAAAGUGAUAAUGAUGAUUUAGUUUAA